GAUUGGUGUGAGCAGAGUUCCACACGCUCGCUAGUAAAGCAGUAGCAUUAGGUCACCGACAGGAGGCGAAAACGCCAACACUCUGCGGGGAAAAAGCAGCAGAAGAAGAAACCUGACGUCCACUCAUACAAAAAAUCAACACGAACCUCGCAACCAGGAAAGUGAAUGGAGGAUGGAGGAAAGUCACAAGAAGGUUCUUCAGCGAUACAGGAUAAAUAUUGUCACUGGUUUGGAACCAACAAGCCUCUAUGACCGCCUCCUGGAGAAAGGUGUUUUUACUCAAGACAUGAUCGAUAAAAUUAAGAGCAAAGAAACAAGACGGGACCAAGCCAGGCAGCUUGUCAAGGACCUGGUGACCCGUGGACGUCGGGCAUUCCCACUUUUUUUGGAAAGUCUUCAUGAGUCAGACCAGCACAGUCUGGCAGAUCUCCUCCAAAGCAAUGCACCAGCAGUUCAAGGGUCAACAUCCAACAUCCUCGUUCGGCCUGUUGUCCGGACUCUUCCACUUUCAUCUUCAGUGGAUUUCCAGAAGCAAAUGAAGGCUACUAUUACCACUGUCCAUCCAAUACAGACCCCCACAUUAUCACCCGAGAGGGAGAUGCUACAAUCUCAAACCCAGGCCAGAGCUCGCAUGCACGGCAGGACACGGCGGGACAGCCUCCAAAGCUACAAAAUGGACACCAGCCCGUGCGGACAUUGCCUCAUCAUUAACAAUGUGGAAUUUGAGCCGCAGAGUAAGUUGAGUCGCCGUCUGGGGUCCAACAUCGACUGCGACAAAAUGGAGAGAAGAUUUAAAGCGAUGAACUUUAUGGUGGAAGUCAGAACUAACCUGAAACAAAGGAAAAUCAAGCAUGAAUUGUCAGAGUUAUCGAAAAAGGACCAUUCUCCCUAUGACUGUUGUGUGGUCAUCAUUCUGUCUCAUGGGACCGAGGUGAGUCACAACAGAUUCCCCGGUGCUGUCUAUGGUGUGGAUGGACAAUACGUUCCAGUUCAGAGCAUCACAAACUACCUCAACGGGAAAUUCUGUCCAUCUCUGCAGGGAAAACCCAAGCUUUUCUUCAUCCAGGCGUGCGGAGGAGAGGAAAAGGACAGAGGCUUCGAGGUACCUGAUGAGUUUGAACCAUGCAAUAGCGGAGAGGAUGACCAGACGGAUGCCAUCCCCACAUCGUCCAGCAGCGACUCUCUGAGCAUGUCUGAUGAACCUGACGCCAGAGCCACACUGCCCACUCCGAGUGACAUUCUGGUGUCCUACUCUACUUUUCCUGGCUACGUGUCCUGGAGGGACACUCAGUCUGGUUCAUGGUACAUCGAGACACUGGACCGCAUCCUUGAGGAAAAUGCUGCUGCCCAUGAUUUGGGCACAAUGUUAACCAUGGUCAACAACCAAGUCUCUCAAAACUCUGCAAAGGGCUACAAGCAAAUUCCAAGUUAUUUUAACUCCCUCCGCAAACAUCUUCACUUUCAAACCCUGCGCUAAAAUUCACUUUGGCAAAAAAAAAAAAAAAAAAAGUCGACUUGUCAAUCACAUUAUAGCCGUAAUUCACCUUGUACUUUUCAGAUGCUUUCUAAAAUACGUUUUUUAGGCACAGUGUCGUUUUUACCAGUUCAGGACAGUCAGAUUUUUGAAAUACCAUCUGCACUUAAAUGUCGCAA